AAAAAAGAAAAGAAAGAAAAUUCAGUAUGAGCAUGUCAGGGGGAUUAGCAGGGUGAGUAUAUAAGGAGAGAGCUGGACAAACACCAGCAAGUCACAAACUGAGCAGAGAGACUUUGGACUGAAACCAUCUACGCGACUGCAAAAUCAGCACAUUAAAAAAUGGCAGACACAGCCGUUGCAGCACCCGCAGACAGAAAGGCACCUCCCAAGUUCAAGCAGAGGACCGCUCGCACCUUCAAGAGCAAGGCCCCUAAGCCAGGCCAGAAGGGAUUCGGAGAUGACAUCCCCGGCAUGGAGGGUCUUGGCACAGACAUCACUGUGGUGUGCCCAUGGGAAGCCUUUGGCGACAUGGAGCUCAGCGACCUGGCAAAAUAUGGAAUUGUCUAGAAACCCUAAUUUGUCUAUUUUGCCUCCCUGCACUUAUUCCUUCGCCCAGUCGUCCUCCCACUCACCCUGUUCUCCUUCACCUCCCGAAAAAUACCUGAUGUGAUCUGAUCUGCCAUUGUGUGAGGCCCACAUGGGCUUUAGGAAACAUUGCACAAAAAUGAACAAUCAAAACUGUUCCAAAAACAUGGCAAAAUGUAAUUAUUGAAUUAUAUAUUACACAAACCUUCUCCACAACCCAAUAUUUUUGCACAACGGACUAAAUCUGUUGUAAGUGGGUUUAAUCGCUGUUGUAACGGUGUUAGUACACCACUUACACCUCGCUCCUCUCUCCUGCCUUUUCUACUCCAUGACCCUCCUCCUCGUUGGCAUUAUUUCCUCUUCAUGUACAGCUGUUUAUGAAAUAUAUAUUUAUAUUUUCUAUUUUUAUUUACAAUGAAUGUAAAUGUGUGCACACUGUCAAUAGGAAUUGGGUAGCAAAGCCAAAUAGGACUGUCAAUAAAUGUUUUCCCCUAAAGAAA